AUGGUCGACAUCACAGAGCAGGACGCGUGGAUCGCGCAUCUUAGCGAGUGCAAGCAGCUCUCGGAAAACGACAUCAAGCGUCUCUGCGACAAGGCGCGCGAGAUCCUGCUCGGCGAGUCGAAUGUGCAGCCCGUGCGCUGCCCCGUCACCGUCUGCGGCGACAUCCACGGCCAGUUCCACGACCUCUCCGAACUCUUCCGCAUCGGCGGCAACUCGCCAGACACCAACUACCUCUUCAUGGGCGACUACGUAGACCGCGGCUACUACUCGGUCGAGACCGUCACGCUGCUCGUCGCGCUCAAGGUCCGAUACCGCGACCGCGUCACCAUCCUCCGCGGCAACCACGAGUCGCGACAAAUCACCCAGGUCUACGGCUUCUACGACGAGUGCCUCAGGAAGUACGGCAACGCAAACGUCUGGAAGUACUUUACCGACCUCUUUGACUACCUCCCAUUGACCGCAUUGAUCGACGACCAGGUGCGUCUCUCCUCUUCUCUUGCCCGGGCCUUUCUUUGGCGCUGGAUACCCACGCUGACUUGUUCCCCUCUCUUUAUGAUAAAGAUCUUCUGCCUGCACGGUGGCCUCUCACCAUCCAUCGACACGCUCGACCACAUCCGCUCCAUCGACCGCAUCCAGGAGGUGCCGCACGAGGGUCCCAUGUGCGACUUGCUGUGGUCCGACCCGGACGACCGCUGUGGCUGGGGCAUUUCGCCGCGCGGUGCCGGCUACACGUUUGGGCAGGACAUUUCGGAGGCGUUCAACCACAACAAUGGGCUGACGCUCGUGGCGCGCGCGCACCAGCUCGUCAUGGACGGCUUCAACUGGUCGCAAGAGCGCAACGUGGUCACCAUCUUUUCGGCGCCCAACUACUGCUACCGCUGCGGCAACCAGGCGGCCAUCAUGGAGAUCGACGAGAACCUCAAGUACACCUUCCUCCAGUUCGACCCCGCCCCGCGCGCAGGCGAACCGCUCGUAUCCAGGAGGGUGCCAGACUACUUUUUGUAG